AUGAGGCCGAACAGGUCUCCAGAGGAGAGCACUGAGGGAGAUGCCAGGAGAACAGAGCGGAAGCCCACGGUGAGAGAUGCUUUCAAAGACAUCUCUGUAUACUUCUCCAAGGAAGAAUGGGAAGAGAUGGGAGAAUGGGAAAAAAUCCGAUAUAGGAAUGUGAAAAGAAACUAUGAAGCGCUGAUUGUUAUAGGUUUCAGAGCCACUCGACCAACUUUCAUGCAUCACCGCAGGCAGGUCAUCAAGCCCCAGGUAGAUGACACUGAGGAUUCUGAUGAAGAAUGGACACCAAGGCAGCAAGGUAAACCUUCUUCGAUGGCCUUCAGAGUGGAGCACAGUAAACACCAGAAGAGAAUGUCCAGGGCACCAUUAAGUAAGGAAUCUAGUUUGAAGGAAUUGCCGGGAACAGCAAAGUCACUGAAGACAAGUGGCUCCAAGCAGGCUCAGAAACCAGUGCCCCAUCACAGAAAAGCAAGGACCCCUGGACAGCACCCCAGACAAAAAGUCGAACUCAGAGGAAAGGAGACUGGGGUGAAGAGGUACAGUCUACAAGAAAGAAAGGGCCACGUGUACCAAGAGGUCAGCGAGCCCCAGGAUGACGACUGCCUCUAUUGUGAGGAGUGUCAGAACUUCUUCAUCGACAGCUGUGCUGCCCAUGGGCCCCCAACCUUUGUAAAGGACUGUGCAGUGGAAAAGGGGCAUGCCAACUGCUCAGCCCUCACGCUGACCCCUGGGUUAAGCAUCAUACUGUCGGGCAUCCCUGACGCUGGGCUUGGAGUGUGGAACGAGGCGUCCGAUCUGCCGCUGGGCCUGCACUUUGGCCCCUACGAGGGCCAGAUCACAGACGAUGAAGAGGCCGCCAACAGUGGAUACGCCUGGCAGAUCACCAAAGGGAGGAACUGCUACGAGUAUGUGGAUGGAAAGGACACGUCUUGGGCCAACUGGGUGAGGUAUGUGAACUGUGCCCGGGACGACGAGGAGCAGAACCUGGUGGCCUUCCAGUAUCACGGGCAGAUCUUCUACCGAACCUGCCAGGUGGUCAGGCCGGGCUGUGAGCUGCUGGUCUGGUACGGGGACGAGUAUGGUCAGGACCUUGGCAUCAAGCGGGACAGCCGGGGGAAGAGUGAGCUCGCCACCGGGAGAGAACCGAAGCCCAAGAUCCACCCAUGUGCCUUCUGCUCUCUGGCCUUCUCCAGUCAGGAAUUCCUCAGCCAACACACCCAAUGCAGUCACCCCUCUCAGACCCUCCUGAGACCAUCUGAAAGAGAUCUCCUCCAACCAGAGGAUCCCUGCCCAGGCAAUCAAAAUCAGCGAUAUUCAGAUCCACACAGCCCAAGCGACAAACCUGAGGGUCAGGAGGCCAAGGACAGGCCCCAACCUUUGCUGAAAAGCAUAAGGCUGAAGAGGAUAUCAAAGGCCUCUUCCUACUCAACCGGAGGACAAAUAGGGGGUUCUGGGGUGCAUGAGAGAAUGAAAGACGAGCCCAGCACAAGCCAGAAACUGAAUCCAGAGGACACAGGCCCAUUGCUCACAGGGGUAGGGGUCUCGGGGAUUAUGAGAGUCAUGUACGGAGAGUGUGGGCAAGGCUCCAAGGACAGGUCAAGUCUCAGCACACACGAGAGGACACACACAGGGGAGAAGCCCUAUGUUUGUGGGGAGUGUGGGCGAAGCUUCAGUCAGAAGUCCGACCUCAUCAGACGCCAGAGGACACACACAGGGGAGAAGCCCUAUGUUUGCGGGGAGUGUGGGCGAAGCUUCAGGCAGAAGUCAGCCCUCAUCAGACACCAGAGGGGUCAUCACAGCAUCUGGGCUCCAGAUUCGACCACAGGGGUCCAGUUCUCAGCCCUGCCCUCAGCAGCUGUCUUCUCCUUCUUCUCGCUGGGCAUGCAGCUUUCACCUGCUGGGUGCCCGCCAGUGAGGGACCCCCAAGACACCAAGCUGGGGUUGGCGAUGGGCGACCUGGAUGCCAGGGAACCCGAGACCCUGCAGCAGGGUACAGGCAGGCUGCUGGCCCUUCACUUCACCUCAGCGCUGAAGGACUGGACGUCGCUGAACCUCUAG